GGAAGAGCAGGAGUGGCAGUGUCCAGAACGAGUGGAAAAAUCAAAGUUGGAGCGGGUGAAGGGCAAAAGAAGUGGAGCCAGGAGGGAGAGGAGCCUGAGAGUCUGCACAAAGAUUGGAGAGAAGUGGGAGAAAAGAAAGUUUAACCAGCACAAACCAAGGAGGAAAAAAAAGGGGGUUACAGCAGAGAGGGCCCCAACAUUCAGAGAGAGAAAACAGGAUGUCGACGCUGCCAUCAGACACCAGCCCUGAAGAUGCCAACAACCACAGCUUCUGGAUGCCUGGGAACUAUCAGCGCACUGUGAAGCGAACAGAAGAUGCGUUCCAGGCCUGUAAUGACAUCGUGGUGUGUUUCCAAGAGAGAGCUCGGGUGGAGAGACAGUACGCCCAGCAGCUCAGUGAGUGGAGCAACAAGUGGAAGCCAGUAGUGGACUCCAGUCCACUAUAUGGAUCCCUUAUGAAGGCCUGGCAGUGUUUCCUGUCCUCCGCUGACCGGCUAGCCUCCCUACACGCCUCCAUCUGUCGCUCUCUGGUGGCGGAGGACGGAGACCAGGUCCGGACCUGGCAGAAGGACACCUUCCACAAGAAGUUAUUCGGAGGCUUCAAGGAGUCUCAGGACACUGAUACAGGAUUUGCACGUGCUCAGAAGCCGUGGGCCAAACGACUUAAAAAGCUGGAUACGGCCAGGAGGGCGUACCACAAGGUGAGCCGUAAGGAGCAGAUAGCCAGAGAGCGAGAGACACACGCUCAGGGGAAUCCGGAUGUGGCCAUCGACAAACAGAAGAAGAUCCUGGAGGAGAGAGAGUUUGCUCAGCAGGAAGCGGAUAAGGUUCGCGUACGCUACGAGAAAGUCCUGGAGGAGGUGAACCGCUACGCCCCCCGCUACAUGGAAGAGAUGGAAUCUGUCUUCGACCAGGCGCAGGACGAGGAGCGGAAGAGGAUCGUCUUCCUCAAGCAGGCCCUCCUCUCCAUCAACAAACAUCUGGACAUCACUACCAAUGAGAGUGUGUUGGCCGUGUACAACGAGCUCCACAACACACUGAUGGCCAUCGAUGAGCAAGAGGACCUUCGCUGGUGGAAAAACACCUACGGGCCUGGCAUGCCCACAGACUGGCCUCACUUCCAGGAAUGGACACCUGCAAAGAAAGCCAAGAAGGGGAAGAAAGAUGUAGAAAAGAAAGGAACAAAAGAAAAGAGCGUGAUGAUUGGAGGAGUGAGAGUCCGAGCUCUGUAUGAUUAUGUUGGACAGGAGACGGAUGAGCUGUCCUUUAAAGCAGGUGAGGAGUUUCUGAAGAUCGAGGAUGAGGAUGAUCAGGGCUGGUGUCGGGGGAUGAAGGACGACGGGGGGGAGGGGCUUUACCCCGCCAACUACGUGGAGGUGGUGGUGUAGCUCUCGCGAGUCGUCUGAGAAUGAAAGGUCCUGUUGGGUCACGUGCCUCAUGUCACUGUGGAAGUGGCCGCCUGGUUAAAGAACAACACUGAGCAGCUGUUAGCCACAGAUGUGGUCUGUGACGACAGGAUAGUUUAGCAUGUCGAGGUUUUGAAAGUGUACUCUCUUGAAGGAUUUUGACAAAUAUUUUAAUAUAUACAGUGUGCAUUCACCCCUUGUAUUGAAGCCAUAUGAUAAGCAAUGCUUUAAUGUAGAAAAAGAUAAAAUAUGCUGGAGUCCAAAGGUACUUUAUAUAUAUAUCUAAACAUCUGGUGCUGAAACUGCAUUACAGGAGUGCUAUUUUCUUUGAGCUGUUACAUUUACUUGCACCUCAACACAUUGCUAUUAAGGGCUCACAAAGCCUCACGACAUAUGAAGAACGUGAUGCUCCUACUGUGAUUUAUAAUGAAUCUGAAGCAGCUGUACGAGUGGAGUCACUCAGCUGUGACCUGUGCUUCCGUGUUUUAAAGGAACAGGCUGAAAUGUUGAGGAAGGUGGAUGUUUGUUGUUUCGCCCUAAGUCAAGCCAUUUUCAGACAUGAACUCUGGAGGAUCUCGGCACAAUUGGAUCUGGACUUUCUUGAGUUUUCCUUUCAAAUAUGAAAGACCCAGCUGGAGAUUUUCCAUUUUGGGUUGGUGCAGAGGCAGAAUGUAACGUUUUAAUUCCACUGCAGAGAUCACGUGUGUUUGUUUACAUCAACACCAUGUUCGGCUCUUUCCACCAAAGCUUUCUUCACAUCUUGGUGUCUGUCUUAUACGUCUGUGGCAUCACUUUUUUAUCCUGAAAUAGAAUUAUUUUUCGUAUUUAUUUGAUUGCGUCUGCCUCUUGUUAGAAACGUCAUCACGCUCACUUGAGGCGAGUCCUCCAGAGAAUCCUCUGCUGUGUUCUUACAUUGGCUCAUUUUGCAGAAUUCUUCCUCAGGGGGGCUGGCUGGAGAAACUAUGUAGCAAGUCCAGAUUCUCUGACAUUUGCAUUCUCACAUCCAGCCCUCCGAGACUUUCAGAUUCUGUGUAGUUCAGGAAUAUCUGAAAGCAGCUGUACAUAAAAUUAUUUUGAAAAAAAAGAUGUCCAUUUCAUCCCAAGUACAGAGAAUAACUGCAGCCUUGUGUAACGGCAACACAUUCCAGGAGCUCUCUUUCUUAGUUUACAGUUUGUUAUGAUCAAUAUUUUACUCAUGUUAUAUUACUUUGACAAUUUGUCAGUGAAUACUUUUAUGUGGAAGGGGUGAAAAAGCCCGAUCCUUGUUGCAAACCUAAAGAAUUAUGACCCAACGCUGCAGCUCCUUUCAGCUCUGUGGAGCUUUAUUGGAUGAUUUGGUUUCCUGCCUUGGGGCUAUUGUUUUGGUUCGCUCCCACUCCUCUCAUGACCUCGAUUUCAUCUGCAGCAAGCAGCCGAUUUCAUCAAGAAAGCUAUAAAAAUGCCCCAGUACACUAUAUUCUCAGCAACAAAAAGCCGUCUGGCACAGUAAGAAACUACCUGGUGAAGAAAAAAGGAGCAUUUAGCAGAUUGAGAGCCGAGACGUUUCCCCAGAGAGUGCCGAGCAAAACAGGAUUUAAAGAAAUAAAUAAACUUACAAUUAUCAGAGAUCCAGGAACAUAACUCCAAAUAAAUAAUCAUGGGCCUCUAUGUCGGUUGGAGGUGUGUUCAUAAGUUGGCCCUUAAGGGCAAAAACCAAAAUAUAAAGAAAACAUGCUUCAAAUUAAAACCAUAAAUAUAGAUGAACUAUGUGACAGCUCCCAGAAGGGACGUAACAGCCUCUCAAUCACAUCCUGGUGGCUGGAUGCAGUAUAGGUCAUUAAUCCUGCCUCCAUGUUAAUGGUUGAAGGCCGGACCAAGAAGUGGAAGGAAGUGGAGAGACAUUGUCCAGCUUUAAAUAUAGUCUCAGCUUCAACCCCCCCCCACCCCCAAAAACAAAUGAACACACAUGAAUUGGAGUUAAAAAGGAAACUAUUUUUAGACCAAUUGCUCUAAAAAUGUUAAAGUAAUCUAUGUCUGGAAUAUUUCCAGAGGAAACUGGUCACUCUUCUUCAGCAGACGCCAAACAAUUAUAUUUCUGAACAUGUCGGACUGUUCCUUUUUGAGAUGCGUAAAGGGGAACAAAUAGUUUUCCUGUCUGUGUGUAAUAUCUAAUCAUGCGUUGCUUUACCAUAAAUACAAUUCAGGGUUUGCCUUGCCCUUGUCCUUAUAGCCUUCUUCUGUAUCCUUGUAUGUGCUGUGCCUGUCAUGUAUAUUCCCCAAGAACACUUUCUUUUUGCAAACUGUCUUGUUUUGGAAAUAAAAUGUUCAACCGUUACACAAGCAGCAGAAUAAGUGUUUUUGAACCUGUGGUGGAAAGAAGGAAAUUGUGUGUGUUUGUUUGAAUGAGACAAAGGGGGAGUUGUUGAAUCACCAUGCCAUCAUCAUCUGUCUGGUCCUAGUUCUGCCAGUGGA